CUGACAGCGCGUCGCACUUCACAACAGCUCAGCUGAGACCAAACAGCUAGCAGCACGGCUCAUCGUUUUGGUUUUUGUUUUACUUGACAUAUGCCCCCGUGUGACAGGCACAGUUGAGUUUUAAUUCGUAGCGAGAAUGGCGGUCGUACUGAAAUGCCUUGACAGCUCUCCGUUGGUGUAGUUAGCCGGAAAGCGAGCUAGCUAGCUGUGUCUAUGUGAAGUUGAAUAGGAGGACAGCAUACCACCACGGCUAGUCUUAGCUAGGUUACAUCGGAUUCUUACAAGCUGGCAUCCGAGUCCUUCGCCCUCAGCCAUGGGGAUACUUUUCACGAAGCUAUGGAGGCUUUUUAAUCACCAAGAGCACAAAGUCAUUAUUGUGGGACUAGACAAUGCUGGCAAGACCACAAUACUUUACCAGUUCUCAAUGAAUGAAGUGGUACACACCUCCCCGACAAUUGGGAGCAACGUGGAGGAGAUUGUCGUCAACAACACUCAUUUCCUGAUGUGGGACAUCGGGGGCCAGGAGUCGCUCCGGUCAUCGUGGAACACGUACUACACAAACACAGAGUUUGUAAUUGUGGUGGUCGACAGCACAGACAGAGAAAGGAUCUCUGUGACCAAAGAAGAACUCUACAGAAUGCUAGCACACGAAGACUUAAGAAAGGCCGGGCUGUUGAUCUUUGCCAACAAGCAGGAUGUAAAAGGCUGCAUGUCUGUGGCCGAGAUCUCCCAGAGCCUCCAGCUUACCUCUGUCAAAGACCACCAGUGGCACAUCCAGGCCUGCUGCGCCCUCACUGGGGAGGGGUUGUGCCAGGGUCUCGAGUGGAUGAUGUCGCGGCUGCGUGUGAGAUGAUGACCUUGAUGACUUUGAUUAGGAGUACGCCCUUUCUGCGUUGUUUUUUUUUUUUUUGUUUUUUUUUUUAUUUUUCUGCCUUCAGACAAGAGGAUGAGGAUGAGGAUGGGGGGAUGAGGUCAGUCGAUGGACGACCCUCUCCUCUUUCCUGUGACGCUGACAUAAGGCAGACCGCUGCCAGGACGUUCUCCUGUAAUAAUUUAUUUUACGAGAAGACCUCUGAACAAAAACACGACCUUUUUUGGAAAAAAGGCCGAUGGACAAUAAAGAGACUUAAAUUAUUUAAAUUUCUGCACGGUUUUCCUUCAGCAAAACACACGGCGUGUCGGCAACGUGUCUGACUUUGGAGCUGUACAUGGACUUAUUCUUCAGCUGUGUGUGAGUCUAGCCCACGGUGGCCUUGCAGUAUUGCCGGACUGGCUGUGGUGGUUUUUAUUGCCCCCCCUCCCCUUCCCUCCCCUCCCCUCCCCUCCCCUGUGUGUACAGUCCAGUAUUCUCUCUUAACUCGGUGCCUGCAGCAGAAUGUUGAAAGCGACGAUGGGUGAUGGCGACUGAAACAUGCAGAAGGGAGGGUGGAAUCACAAUGCGCCCUCCUCCUUUCAGUCCCUACGAAUAAUCACUGAAAUAAAGUGUUUUUAUCUGUUUCAGGUGAA